UACGCAGACAGGUACUGCUCUUUGGCAACCCUUGCUGUCACACACACACAUUCAAAACACACAAACUCAACAGAGGAUCUCAGUUGGUCCAGUUUUCUGGUGCAGUGGAACUUGACAUUUUGCCUUCAUGGAGGAUUACCACAAACCUGACCAGCAGACAGUGCAGGCGCUGAGGAACAUCGCCAACCGCCUCCGAAUCAACUCUAUCAAGGCAACGACUGCAGCGGGCAGUGGACACCCGACAUCAUGCUGCAGUGUGGCAGAAAUCAUGUCUGUGCUUUUCUUCCACACCAUGAAGUACCGCCCUGAAGACCCCAGGAACUUCAACAAUGAUCGAUUCAUCCUGUCCAAGGGUCAUGCUGCUCCGGCCCUGUACUCCAUGUGGGUUGAAACGGGUUUCCUGAAGGAGAGCGAGAUGCUGAGUUUGUGCCAGGUUGACUCUACCCUGGAGGGCCACCCAACCCCAAAGCAGCAAUUUGUUGAUAUAGCCACUGGCUCCUUGGGGCAGGGUCUCGGUGUGGCUUGUGGAAUGGCUUAUACUGGGAAAUAUUUUGACAAGUCCAGCUACCGUGUGUACUGCCUGGUGGGGGAUGGCGAGAUGUCGGAGGGAGCUGUCUGGGAGGCCAUGUCGUUUGCCUCCUACUACCAGCUUGACAACCUGGUGGCCAUCAUGGACAUCAACCGCCUGGGGCAAAGUGACCCUGCACCCUUGCAGCAUCACGUGGAGAAAUAUCAGAAACGCUGUGAAGCUUUCGGCUGGCAUGCUAUAAUUGUGGAUGGACACAGCGUGGAAGAGCUUUGCAAGGCUCUGAGCCAGCCACGCCAUCAACCCACUGCCAUCAUUGCAAAAACCAUCAAGGGCAAAGGCAUUCCAGCUGCGGAAGAUAAGCUAGGCUGGCAUGCCAAACCUCUGCCCAAAGACAUGGCCGAGAUGGUUAUGAAGGAUCUGCAGAGCCGCAUCAUGAACAGCAGCAAGCACCUGUACCCACCUGCUCCCAUUGAGGACUCCCCACCAGUCAGCCUGAGAAACAUCAGGAUGCCAAGUGCACCUAGCUACAAGGCUGGAGAAAAGAUUGCAACACGGAAAGCAUAUGGGAUGGCUUUGGCCAAGCUGGGCCGCUACAAUGAACGUGUUGUGGCCCUUGAUGGAGACACCAACAACCUCACCUACUCAGAGAUCUUUAAGAAUGAACAUCCCAACCGCUUUGUUGAAUGCUACAUUGCACAGCAGAACAUGGUCAGUGUCGCCAUGGGAUGUGCUGCCCGUGAGAGGAAUGUUGUGUUUGCCAGUACUCUUGCUUCCUUUUUUACCCGCGCCUAUGACCAACUUCGCAUGGCAGCCAUCUCAGAAAGCAACAUCAACCUGUGUGGCUCCCACUGUGGCCUGUCCACUGGAGAGGAAGGACCGUCUCUGAUGGGUCUAGAAGACAUGGCUAUGUUCAGGGCCCUUCCCACAGCAACCAUCUUCUAUCCCAGCGAUGGUGUGUCCACAGAGAAGGCUGUGGAACUGGCUGCAACAAUAAAGGGUAUUUGCUACAUCCGAACCAGCCGCCAAGACAGCGCCAUCAUCUAUAACAGCAAUGAGGACUUCCAUGUUGGACAGGCAAAGGUGGUGUACCAGGGCAAGGAGGACCAGGUGACCGUGGUGGCAGCUGGAGUGACUUUGCACGAGGCCCUGGCUGCAGCUGAACAUUUAAAGAAAGAGAGGAUCUCAGUCAGGGUCAUUGACCCCUUCACAAUCAAACCACUGGACAUCAAAACCAUCAUUGAUCACACACGUGCCACCAGGGGCCGAAUCCUCACUGUAGAGGACCACUACUACGAAGGUGGCCUUGGGGAGGCAGUAUGCUCAGCAAUGGUCAAUGAGUCUGGCUUCAAUCUGCAUCGUCUGGCUGUGUCCCAUGUUCCCCGCAGUGGCAAACCACACGAGCUGCUCAAGAUCUAUGGCAUCGACCGUGACGCCAUCGCCCAGGCGGUCCGCAAGAUGCUCAGCAGCUCUACCAAUGCCAAGUAACUUUCUCCCUGCCCCACCCACCAAUCCGAUCACACCCCAGCAGACUUAGAUAAACUGUCAAGUAUGAUUUUGAUUCACAUGACACCCAACUCUUUAAAUUCCUUCACUGUGAAUGCCCAUAAGUGUGUACUAAAGUAAUGUGAUUUUGUGCUGUACACUUUGAAGUAGAGUUCCACAUUUACCUUUCUUUCAUGCAUCCAUCACAUCACACAAACAAAAACUGACACACAAAUGCAAACACACAUAUACACAUAUACACAUACACACAUAAUCUCACCAUCAUCAUGGAUCCAGUUCAGCAAUCAAAAUGUGGCCAUAAUGACUCACCAUACAAAACAAUACAUGUGUCCCCGUGUGUGUGUGUUUUUUUUAAUGCUCUUUGAUUAACUUCAUUCAGCUGGAAAUGUUUUUAUAUUGUUCUGAUGUAGCUCUUGAUACCGGGUGGGGCAUAGUUUUAAAGUAGGUGUUUUUUUUUCAUGACAAUGGUGUGAGAAAGAAGCUAUUCAAGUUGUUGUUUGUAGAAGGUAGUGGGGAAAAAAAUCAAACAAAUGUAGUUAGGUUGUAAAGAGCAGUCACACAAAAACCACAAUUCACAUCUUCAUACAAUUUCAACUUUUGUGGUUUCAAAAGUUGUAUAAUUUCUCUUCUGCACUUUCUUUUCUUAUUAAUUUUAAGGUUACCAUAAACCUACACACCUCAGUGUUCAUUUGUGCUAGCUGUACAUUUGGACCAAUGCCAGCAGUGUGAUGAUGAUCAUUGUGUGGUCAGGGACAUGAUCUCUUUUACAUAAGGUGGAGGGAUGAAGGCCCCUCCAGUGCUGACAGAGAAUAUGGUUGGCUGUGACAAUGAAGGUAAAGUUACAUCUGAAUUGUGAGCCCAAGAUCAAACACUUUCUUUGUUACUUGAAAUUUUGUAUGUACCUUACUUUCAUGUAAU